AUGGUUCUUUCUUUUCCACCCUUCAACUCGGCAAAUUUGAAACCAAGAUUCUAUUCUCAUCAGCAUGAAGCAGAACAUAAAAAUAAGAAAAACAUUCUUUCUCUUUCUUUCUUUGUUUUUCUUUUUCGGUCUGUUUUCUUUCUUUCUUUCUUUCUUUCUUUCUUUCUUUCUUUCUUUCUAAAUUAUUAUUCCUUUUUAUUUCUUUCAUAUAUUUCUUUCUUUUUCUUUCUUUCUAGCCUAUUUUUCCUUUUUAAAUUUUUUCUUUAUUCAAACUUCUAUCGUAUUUCUCUGUUUCUUUCUUGUAGUUUCUUUCCAAUUCUUUUCCUUCCUGCCUUCUUUCUUUUCCUUCCUUCCUUCCUUCCUUCCUUCCUUCCUUCCUUCCUUCCUUCCUUCCUUCCUUCCUUCCUUCCUUCCUUCCUUCCUUCCUUUCGUUUCAGUGUCAUGCAUUCUUCGUUUCUGCCCUUUUAG